AUGGCUAAGCUUAACAUUCCCUGGUCGAAUGUGAACAGUGAGAGGGAUAUAGUCAAAGCACUAGUGUGGAAUCGAUGGAUACUACGAAUUCUCGGAAUCUGGCCGUUGGUUUAUUCAAAUACUACAAAGAUCGAGAAGAUAUUAGCAACAAUAUCAUUCGCAUUAUGUUGGUCCGCGCUCAGUUUUCUUUUGAUUUCCAUGAUCAUUAUUACGCUAUCAAAACACAGUGCCACAAGCGAUAAAAUUAAAGUGUUAGGUCCGUUAUGUUAUGUGUUUGUCGUGACGUUGAAAUAUUUCUUCCUGAUUCUUCAUCAUAAGAGCAUCCAGCAAUGCAUUCGCAUACUGAGUAGUGAUUGGCGUACAAUCCAACAAGAGGAUCAUCGAAAAAUUAUGAUUAAAAACGCAGCGAAAAGCCAUAUGUUAUCCAAGUUUAGUAUAAUAUUCAUGUAUUGCGGAGGCUUAUGGUUUCAUGUCAUGAUGCCGUUUCUGUCGCAUACUAUCAACGAGCAGAAUGUCACUAUCAAACCAAUGCCUUUUGCCGGCUUCGAUAACGUUUUCAACUUCCAUGUAAUGCCAGUUUAUGUGUUUGUUCUUUGCGCGCAAUGGUUUUCCAGCAUCAUAUUGUUCAACGUCACCACGGCAGUAUGCUGCUUAGCAGCCAUGUUCGUAGCUCACGCUUGCGGCCAAAUCGAAAUCGUAAUGGAUCGCGUAGAAAGCUUUAUAAAAGGUGCACAAAGCAAUCACAUGAAGCAAUGUAUGGCAAUUAUUGUAAAACAUCACGUGCAGUCAUUGAGGUGA